UAGAGGUAAAUAUGUUUAAAUAAAAAAUUACCAAAUCAUAUUGAACGUGAUCAAGGAGGCCGUGGAGUGAAAUCCCAUUUCUUCCCCACUUCAUUUGCUCUCUUCGUCUUUCUUUCUAUCGUCACCUCUCUUCAGGAUCCGUUUGUGAGGUCAGGACGAUUCAUCGCCAGCUUGGUAACUAAACCCGUUCGAUUUGAAACCGUUAAAACUACUUACACUAUUGCAGAAAUGAAAUUUAACGGUUCGUCAUCAGGCGGAUUCACAUCCAACAACAGCAAAUUCCGUCGUCCAGGAGGAAGCGGCGGAAGCUUUCGUGUUAACAACAACGGCGGUGGAAUGAGAAGGAGUAUCCAUAUGAAGGCCAAUAUCAAAAGGGACAACAACAGCUUGGGCAAGACGCUUAAGGCUGUUUCCUGGGAUGCCGAGGAUCUGUCUGACUUUAGGAAGGACUUCUAUUGUCCCCAUCCCAACGUCAUAAACAGGCCCUAUAUGGAAGUUGAGAAAUACAGAAAGAGCAAGGAGAUCACUGUGAGGGGUGACGCUGGCAAUCCGAUACAGUUUUUUGAGGAAGCCAACUUUCCCAAUUAUGUAAUGGGAACAAUCAAACAUCAAGGUUUUGACUUCCCGACCGCCAUUCAAGCCCAAGGAUGGCCAAUUGCACUCAGCGGGAAGAACAUGGUCGGCAUUGCCCAAACCGGUUCUGGCAAGACACUUGCAUACAUGCUGCCAGCAGUAGUACACAUCAAGCACCAACCAAAAAUUAAAAGAGGAGAUGGACCUAUAGCCCUCGUUCUUGCGCCUACUAGAGAAUUGGCUCAACAGAUUCAACAGGUUGCAAGUGAGUUUGGCAUACCGUGCGGACAGAGGUCAACUUGUAUAUUUGGAGGUGCUCCAAAGGGACCACAGGCGAGGGAUCUCGAGAGGGGUGUUGAAAUUGUUAUUGCAACGCCUGGCCGACUUAUAGAUUUUCUUGAGAGGGGCACAACAAAUUUACGGAGGUGCACAUACCUCGUAUUAGAUGAGGCAGACCGCAUGUUAGAUAUGGGGUUCGAGCCUCAAAUAAGAAAGAUAAUCGAACAAAUCAGGCCCGACAGACAAGUUCUUAUGUGGUCUGCCACUUGGCCAAAGGAGGUGAAAUCUCUCGCAGAGGACUUUCUCCAAGACUACAUACAAGUCAACAUUGGAUCUCUCGAGCUGUCCGCUAAUCAUAACAUCCAGCAGAUUGUCGAGGUCUGCGAAGAGAAUGAAAAACAGACCAAACUUCAGACCCUUCUUGAAGAAAUCAAUAAUUCCAAGUUAGAAAGGACUAUUAUUUUUGUGGAGACAAAAAAGAAAGUUGAGGCCAUCGCAAACGCCCUGAAAAGACUAGGGUGGCCAGCUGUUUGCAUUCAUGGUGAUAAAUCACAAAAUGAAAGAGAUUAUGUCCUAAGAGAUUUUCGAAGAGGCAAGUCACUCAUCUUAGUCGCCACUGAUGUCGCUGCUCGUGGACUUGAUGUUGAAGACGUGAUGUAUGUCAUAAAUUACGAUUUCCCCAAUUCCUCUGAGGACUACAUACAUAGAAUUGGAAGGACAGGGCGGUCAUCAGCCACAGGGACCGCUUAUACUUUUUUUACAUCCGCAAAUCAACGCCAGGCUAGAGACCUGGUGGCCGUUUUAAAUGAGGCCAAUCAAGACGUAUCGCCAGAGCUCUCAGCGAUGAUCCACUCGGGUUAUGGCAACGGCUACAGCAGAGGAAGAAGUUUUAGAUACGGGACAUUCAAGCGUGACAGAUACAGCAAUGGUGGUGGGAGCCGGUUCGGGGGCGGCGGAAAUGGAGGUCCCAGGAGAAACGGAAACGGUUCUAAUAAUGGUCAUAAACGUUUUUAAUUGAAACAAAGGAUUGAGCAUGGAUGGCCGAUACCUGGAUUUUCAGUGCGUCCCAAAUGACAAGCUUUUAUUAAAAUUCCAUUCUUUGUGUAUCUGUGAUCCUAAUUGCAAAAGAAAAUAUUUUAAAAAACCGCUUAAAUUUUGAGAUAGUCAAAAUUUGAGAAUUAGAUCAUCAAAUAUGUGAUUUACUUUUAAAUUGUGUAUUUUGCAAAUUUAGUUAUACAAGUUGGAUUAGCCACAUCACUUCUUGUGUAAUAUUUGUAGGUUUUGGUUUUCAUUUAUAUUUUCUAUUUAUUUUUUGUUUUUCAUAUUGAUUUUAUAUAUUCAGUAUUAUACAAAUAUAAAGUGAAACAGACCAAGUACACUUUUUAGUUAACACUUAACUAAUGAAAACUAGAGCUGGAUAAACAAUUUGGAAUUUUAAAAGUGUAAUUUGUAAAAGAAAAUGUGUAUCAUAAUAAAAUAGCAUUCUUGUCAUAAAACAA